AUGCCGAUCCUGGAGCUCCUCAUCCUCCCCUUUAAGCAAGAUGAAGCUACGCGUGAAGCCUACAUCAAAACCUUCUGGCCCACCCUAGCAGCGCUUCUCAGCGGGAAAAAGGGGAUGAAAAUGCGGACUUCUAGGAUGAUGUUGAGUUCUAAUAACUCAGAUGUCUCUUCUAUCUUCCAACCUGUCAUGGUAGUGGGAUGGAACGCAGUCUCAGACUUCCAAACCUUCGUUACCGGUGACGAACUUGGUGCCCUUAGAAAUAGCUUCAUAUCACUAGUAACAGCGGCUACGUCCCCACAACUAUACGACACCGACGUUGAGCCUCGAUCCGUAUUUGGAUGUGCUUUGACCGAGGUCUUCAAGGUAAAGAUUGGGGAUCAUAAGGAGAACAAGGAGAAGGUUAAGGGGGCUUGGGGGAACUUUGUGAAGGGUGUUGGGGAGGUGAAGAGUUUGAGUGGGGUGAGUGUGAAUUUGAAUGAGAGGACUUUCGUAGGUGCUAUAGGCUGGGAGAGUGAAUCGGGGAGAGACCGCGUAUUAAAGAGGAGCGAGGUGGAGGAAUUGUACGGCAGGCUGGGAGAUCUGGAGUCAUUUGUGGUGAAACUUGAUAGAUUGUAA